AAUAGUUUCUUUUUCACUUGUCUAUUUCAUCCUGACACAGCGAGGUACUUGGUAGCCUUACUCGGAAAGAUGGCUCACAUAGACCUAAAGAUAGUUUUGAUGAUUCUAGUUUGUCUUUGCUCGGUUCUGGGUGACGCACAACCGCUAGAGUCAGAGGUGACCACUUCGGCAGAAGAUGGCGACCACCGCGCUCCCAACGUUCGCUGUUCCUGUAACUGCGCGCUGCCCGCGCCAGCCGACCGCCAGACCUGCGACAGUGUGGGCCGCAUGCAGUCGGACCUGGACGCGUUACUGACAUGGAAAGGCACCUCUACCAACCUCCUCCAUCACCUCAAGAACACCUUACAGGUGGUCAGCAAGCGGCUAGACGACGUCUCGGGGCCAGUGAGCUCGUCAGAAGGAAUCAAAACCCUCGCGUUCAACUUGACAACCGUUCUUUCACACAAGUUGGACCAACAGUUACAAGAAGCGACAGAGAGGAUGAUUUGGGAAAUAAAAGGGCCGAAUCCCCUCGGUGUUGAGUCCGGUGCGAUCCCUGACGCCCAGAUGACAGCUUCAUCGGAGUACAACGAUCAGCACGGACCAAGGAGAGGCCGUCUGUACACCGCGGUAGACGGCGGUGGUAUCGGGGGAUGGUGCGCUAAAACGAACGAUGGGAACCAGUGGCUCCAGAUUGACCUAGGGAAGCUAGCCGAGGUGUGGGGUGUGGUGACACAAGGCCGGUUCCGUGACUAUGUCGAGUGGGUCACCACUUACAAACUGCACUUCAGCACCGACGGCGACACCUGGCGACCUUACACGGACAGAGCUGGGCGAGAAAAGGUGUUGCAAGGGAAUAGCGACACCGACACACCACUGCGCCACCUACUGGUCGAGCCCGUCACUGCACGCUAUGUCCGUUUCGUGGUUGUGACAUGGAAGACUCACAUCUGCAUGCGGGUGGAAGUACUGGGGCGAUUUGUAUGAGAGCUUCACAUAGAGUGCUGGGACGAGGCUAACAGCAACUAAGGCCGGUGGACACCAAGAUACUUUUGUAACUGAAAUUGGCCAAAUAGGGUGGAUAAUUGGUCAGACGAGUUGACCUGCCUUUUUUUAGCUUCCCAAUUAGUUGAAUCUAUAUUCUUGGACACCAAUAUAUAACCAAAGUCUAGUGGAAAAGACGGCCUCCCAUGAAUACAGUAAAUUCCUCGUCAGGGCCUAGGAAAGUUAAUGUUGUGUUUUCUAUCACUGUUCUGAAACAAAUAGGGCAUUUUCUUACAUUCUUGUUAAUUCUUUUUUCACAUUUCUACCGAAAAGAGAAUACAGUCUAACAACGUAGAAAUGCAAGGCAUAAUGGCCCUGGUUACCUGGUAUAUGUGUCUUUUUUCGACAUCAUAAUUUAAACAUACACCAAAAUUUUGUAUUUCAGUCCUGACAAAUUAGGCUCCGUAGG